CGCGAUACUGAGCGCCUUUGUCCGCCCUCGCGGCAGUCCGCGGCGGCGCUGCGGCUGCUUGGAGCCGCGGUGGUGUGAAAGCGCGAGGCCGCUGGAAAGGGCCGCCCCUUGCACGCUCCCCGUCCCAGAUGGACAAGGUGUGCGCCGUGUUCGGAGGCUCCCGAGGCAUCGGCAGGGCGGUGGCCCGCCUGAUGGCCCAGAGAGGCUACCGACUGGCCAUCGUCGCCCGGAACCUGCAGGGGGCCAGAGCCGCGGCCGGGGACCUGGGCGGAGAUCAUUUGGCAUUUAGCUGUGAUGUCUCCAAAGAGCAUGAUGUCCAACGUACAUUUGAAGAGAUAGAGAAAACUCUAGGUCACGUUAAUUUCCUGGUCAAUGCAGCUGGAAUUAACAGGGAUAGCCUCUUAGUAAGGACAAACACUGAAGAUAUGCUGUCUCAGCUGCACACCAACCUCUUGGGCUCCAUGCUGACCUGUAAAGCUGCCGUGAAGACCAUGAUUAAACAGCAGAGAGGGUCCAUCGUGAAUGUCGGAAGCGUCAUUGGUUUGAAAGGCAACGCUGGCCAGUCUGUGUACAGCGCCACUAAAGGAGGGUUGGUUGGAUUUUCACGGGCUCUCGCUAAAGAAGUAGCCAGAAAGAAGAUCAGAGUGAAUGUAGUUGCUCCAGGGUUUGUGCACACGGAUAUGACGAAAGACUUGAAAGAAGAACACUUAAAGAAAAGCAUCCCUCUCGAGAGGUUUGGAGAACCUGAGGACGUGGCCCGAGCGGUCGUGUUCCUUCUGGAGUCUCCGUACGUCACCGGGCACGUGCUGGUGGUGGACGGGGGGCUCCAGCUCACCAUGUAGCUGACGCCCACCGGGUGGAGUCGGGCGCACUCUGCUUGGCUGUGAUGAGACAGUCACGCCUCCGUCUGCUGAUCAGACCUGCUGAUCCCCGCGUGCUGAUGUCCAGCUUUACACGAGCAGUCUGCGAGAACAGAGCGUGGCGUUGUGCGUUCUGACUGAUGGCACCUUACAGGCUGCAGCGGCUUUAGUGUGCUGUCACCCCUCGGUGUCCGUGGGAACCCCAGGUCUUCAGAUGUUCCCCCUCCUCGUAUAAAAUGGCAUACGUGGUAUUUGCAUAUGACCUACGUAUACUUUAAAUCAUCUUUAGAUUACGUAUAAUAUCUAACACCACGUAAAUGCUGAGUAAUUGACAUACAGUGUAAAUGCUGUGUAACUAGUUGCCAUUUGGAACGUUCUGAACUUUCUAAUAUUUUCUAUCCAUGGUUGGUUGAAUCCCUGAGUGUGGAGCUCCUGGAUUUGGAGGGCCAACUGUACAGACAGUUUUCAAGUGAUAUAAACGGGUAGUAUCUUAAUUUAUAUAUUUUGUCACAAAUCUGGAAAAAUUAUAUAGUCUAAUUGUCAUUAGUUAUUUCAUUGUAUUGGGCUGAAUCCUCUAGAAGUUAACCUUGUGGGCUAUUGCCAAAGAGUAAAAGUAAUUUACAGGGAAAAAAAUUAAAUUUAAAAAUGAGUGGGAGGGUAUAGCUCAGUGGUAGAGCGUAUGCUUAGCAUGCACAAGAUCCUGAGUUCAAUCCCUAGUACUUCCACUAAAAAUAAAAAGUAAUUUACAGGGCAUUGGUUAGUUGUCAGUAUGUUAGCAACCCUGCUAAUGUUAAACACUAUUGGGGUUAGGGAGGGUACAGCUCAGUGGUAGAGCGUGUGCUCAGCAUGCAUGAGGUCCUAGGUUCGAUCCCCAGUACCUCCACUAAAAAAAACUGUACUCAUUUCACAUGUGCUUGGACAAGCAGUUGUUGCACCGGUUGAAGAAAACAGAUACAGACGUGAGUGUAGAGCCUGGUUUCUCUGAGUGGGAUUACUCCUCCUCUGAGCUGCGAGGCACAGUAAUCUGUAAAUACCAGUGUGGUCCAGUUGACCCAUCCUGGAGGAGUUCUCGAAGGUGAGCAGGACUAACCCUGGAUGGUCUGAUUCUGGUGCAGGUCUGAGCCGCACAGAUCUCAUCGACCUGGAAAGUAGAAGAGGUGUCCUCUGUGUUUUUAAGUCCACAAAACGCUCAGUUUAGCAGGCUACUUAAAAACAGCAUUAAGAAGUCAUGAUACUUGUUGGAAAAUUAGAGUGUUUUGCAUUAACGAACAUAAUAAUGAUUCUUAGCAGAAAUUUUAGAAAAAUACUUAAUUACUUAUGAACAAUCCUAAAUGACUUAAUAAAAUAUGCACUAAAAGUGAAUUUAAAUGUCUUUAAAGGUAAGUCAUUAGUCUUAAAGUAUUUGUCUGAGAUUCGAGAUAAAGACACAAACUGAAUGAAAAUAUCAGAUGUCUUUUGCGUUCAUUGAACUCUUGUGGGGAAGAGCGUGAUAAUUUUAAAUGUCACUGGAGUCAGGUUGAUUUUUAUUAUCUAUCAUUUUUAAGUGUUUUAAAAAUUUACUGCAUUUUAAAAAGUAAUCUUUUCAUAGUUUUAUUGGAGCUGAACAUUAUUUCUUGCAAAAUGAUUUACUUUUACAUUGAAAGUGCAAAAGUAUGAACUGGAUAUAUUAAAUAAAUGCAGAGUAAUAAAAAUAAAAAAUAGUAAAGUCUGUGUUCUAAA